AUGGUGUCCCAUGAUGAAAAUUGUUGUCUAAUGGUGGAGUCGUCGCCACCCAGAUUCGGAAAUUGGCUUAGUCUCGACCCGCCCGGUCUGCUGGGGUAUGCUGUUCCACCUUCCGGUAUUCUGAAGCUACCAUCGUACCGGACUCCCCUUAUUUCGGUCGUCAUGCUCGCCGUUGGGGCUUUGUUCGUCGCGGGUUUUGUUUCCCGAGGGCUAGCCUCAGCGGCGGCGACCAGUAUAGCGGCCGAUGAUGGAAUUUCCACCUUAGAGGGCCCCGCGCUCCUCGAAUAUGCAAUGACGUGCAACGAUCCCAGCGGCUUUGAGGUCCGCAAACAUGUAGGCAGCGCGGUCCUUUGCGAGCCGCUCGAGAAGGACAAUCGAGGGGGUGUCACCUCGCACUCGCGCUGCCAGCUCGACCCCCAGCACGAGGUUAUGGGCCCACAGGAAUACCUCUAA